GCAUCGGAACCCACGGUGUGGCGUCCGGUGUCUUUCCACUCCUCUCUGGCUGGUGGGAAGGUGGUCCCGGGACGAAAAAACAUCGCCAGAAAAAGAAAAAAAAGUGACCGACGAGAGAAAAACUUUGCGAGUUAUAUAUAUAUAGUUUUCUCACCACACACAUCACUCAUUUUCAUCGCAAUGACAAACCACGGCGCUCCGGAGUUGGCCCGACGUGUCGCCGACAAGUGAAGCGACGGUUUGAAACUGGUUGGUCUUCGGGAACAAAGUUGGGAAAGUGCGAGGUGAAAAUGGAGAGCCCAGCUGAGUGAGAGUGGGGUGAGGAGGAUGGCUUUGGCAGGAGUCCUGCCCCGCUGCUAGCGGGCUAGUUAGCUCCGACCCGUCGCUUCUCUCGGAUAACUGAUGAGAGCUUUCCGCCGCUGUUCUCUCCCGAAGGCUUGCCAUUCUCCAGGGGAGCUGCUUUAUCUGUGGCAAGACCGCUGCUGACAUUGCAGCUUCCCCCCCACCCCCCACACCCCAAUGGAUCCAAGCAUAGUUGAUGAUCUUAUUUUCUCUGGAAGUUCUGCCUGAAUCCCCCUCACCAUCUCCCUCCGCACUUCUCCUGAAGGCAACCGCACUUAAACCUGCUUUAGAGAACCCCUCUCCCUCCCCUGCACCGAUCAAUCAUUUAUUUCUUUUCUUUUCUUGAUCCCGUGAGCAUCCAUGUUAGCUGUACUCUGGCAGUUUUCUCACAGACAUUCAACAAAGCACACCAUCUGAGAUGGGGCCCUGGUAGGUUCUUCCAGGGGCUCGAGGUAUCCCCCCCCCCCCCGCCUGCAGACCGUGCCGGUCUGGGUGAGCGUAACCCACCUGUAAAAGGAUCCUGCACCAGUGAAACAGCACUCUCUGAUGGAGCCGAGACUCAGGGCGCGCUCGCCACCCACACGUUCAUGAACUCUGGCUUUUUAAGUGGACGUGCAUCAGGGGUGCCCUCAUGAAGUGUGACUGCUGACGCCGGCUCAUUUGAGGACUUGAAUGUGGGUGUGAUCGGCUUUAUUCAUGAACCCUCAGUCCGAGUCUGGGUACGGCCUGGAUGUUGGAUGCCCUGAGUGUGUUGGGUCAGCUGUUGCGGUGAUGAGGCAGGUCUCCUGGUGGCCCGUGUGGCUGGCUGGGCAGUGGCCCAAGGUGAUGUGAUGGGGUGCAGGAACAGCAAGGUCCUCCCUGAGCCUCCAGGGGACGUUCAUUUGGACCUGGUCAAAAAGGUCGACCCUCUUCAGACAGAUAUCUAUAAGCACUUCAUACGAGGGGAUGGCACAAGGAGCAAGGUGGGUGGGGCCGGCGGAGGGGCAGGUGACAAGGCCGACUCCACCUCCUCCCCGUAUCAGGCCCAAGCCCAAGCUGCCACUCCCACCGCUUCCGCCCCGCCCCCUAAGGACCCGUCCGAUCUGUCGGACCCUCAGCGAAAGAAGGUGGCGAAAUACCGGGCCAAGUUUGAUCCCCGGGUCACGGCCAAGUAUGACAUCAAAGCUCUGAUUGGCCGCGGGAGCUUCAGCCGGGUCGUCCGCGUGGAGCACAAGAGCACACGGCAGCCGUACGCCAUCAAGAUGAUCGAGACCCGCUACCGGGAGGGGAGGGAGGUGUGUGAAUCUGAGCUGUGCGUUUUGCGUCGCGUCCGCCAUACCAAUAUAAUCCAGCUGAUGGAAGUCUUUGAGACGGCGGAGCGCGUCUACAUGGUGAUGGAGCUGGCCACCGGGGGCGAGCUCUUCGACCGCAUCAUCGCACGCGGCUCCUUCACUGAGCGUGAUGCCACACGCGUCCUGCAGAUGGUGCUGGAUGGCGUCAAGUACCUCCACACCCUGGGGAUCACCCACCGGGAUCUGAAGCCGGAGAACCUGCUCUACUACCACCCCGGGUCCGACUCCAAGAUCAUCAUCACCGACUUUGGCCUGGCCAGCAGCAGGAAGAAGGGAGACGAGUGUCUGAUGAAGACCACCUGCGGCACGCCGGAGUACAUCGCCCCCGAGAUCCUGGUGAGAAAGCCCUACACGAACGCUGUGGACAUGUGGGCGCUGGGGGUGAUCUCGUACAUCCUGCUGAGCGGAACCAUGCCCUUCGAGGACGACAACCGCAUGAGGCUCUACCGGCAGAUCCUCAAGGGGAAGUACAGCUUCUCUGGAGAGCCGUGGCCCAGUGUGUCCAACUUGGCCAAGGACUUCGUAGAGCGCAUUCUGACGGUGGACCCCAGCGAGCGGCUCACAGCUGGCCAGGCCUUCAAGCACCCGUGGGUCGUCAGCAUGGCCGCCUCGUCCUCCAUGAAGAACCUACAGCGCUGCAUAUCCCAGAACCUCCUUAAGCGGGCGUCCUCGCGCUGCCACAGCACCAAGUCGGCGCAGUCCACGCGCUCCAGCCGCUCCACCAAAUCCAACAAAGCCCGGCGGGUGCGAGAGAAGGAGCUGCGCGAGCUGAACCGCCGCUAUCAGCAGCAGUACAACGGCUGAAAGUCGCCACACUCUUACACCAGCUUUCACCAUUCAAAGUCGCUGCCAUUGUUGGAGGGCAAAGUCCCUAAUAAUUUCCUUUGAAAAAUAAAAGAGGGGGAAAUGACUUGAAUGACCAAAAGUAAAACAAAAAAACAGUAAGAGUUGAGAAUUCCUGUGGCGGUGUGUCUCCUGACGAGGACAGACGGGGAGACUCACCAGUCAAGUUUUGAACUCCCCAUGGGUUACAUCAUCUCUCCAUCCGUUCCUUCACCCUUUUUUUUCUGGCAGGAUGGUGCCACUUCCACUCCUUUUUUUUGUUCUUCUAAUCCCUGUGUCUCUACAUCUUUAUUUAUUAUUGUUGACAUGAUUAUGAGUCUCUAUUCAAACGGUCACUGGAUAAUGACCUUUCCAUGAGGAUCUGUUGAACAGAGUUCUGGGUACUGAAGUUUCUAAGAAGAAAGGGAUCCUUUUAGACCCCCACCUCCCACUCAUUCCUGAUUGGAAUUUGCUGUGAAUUAAUUAUUGUGCUAAUUGUACAGACCUUGUCUUGAAGAUUUGUAAUGCGAGCACACUGCAACAGAACCACGCCCUCGAAGGUCAACAUGAAGUUCUUUUUUAUUUAGUCAACUCUAAGCUUAUCUAAUCUUGCCAUUAUUGCUCUGUUGAUGUCUUUAGUUUUCCUUCUGAAGCUGUCAAAAGAUUGUGAAGCUGUUUUAGCCGUUAAAUCUUCAAUGUAUUGGACAAUAGGCCACACAGCUGCUCCCCAAUGACUUCAGUAGAUCAGUGGAUUCAACCCCGAAGUGCCUGCUGCCAUCCCUCCAUGUUGGUUCUCAGAACAUGUGGCCGUGUGAGUUGCAUUGAGGAUGGCACAUGCAACCAUGAAGAAAAACAACCUCUCCCGCUGGUUGCGCCAGCUCUGUAAGUUCAAACUUGACCUGAUUCUGACACGUGCGCACGUUUUUACGAGGUGGACAUCUACGCAUCGCUGAAUCAAAGCAGGCCACACAAACUAGUUCUUGCAUGGAAAGUAGUCCCCGCGACAUCAUGUUCCGUCGUCAACCAAGCUAACGCUAGCGUGCUAACAUGUGACCCGUUCAAACUGAAGAGUAAAAGAUGAGCCAGCGCUUUAUCAAUACUCUGUUUUAAUAAUUACGUUAUCCGGAAAUACUUUUAAGUUACAUUUCAGAAGAAGACAUUUUUUUAAUAUCCAUUAAUUAACCAAAUAUUGUGCCAAAAACUAACUUUCGCUCCGUUAGCAUUAGCAGGUCUUCCGCACUCGCUCCGAACUGCAUGACUGCUAACACACUUCUUCUCCAUGU